UCGGUUUUCAUGUGGCGACAGGGGUUCAAAUUAAGAGUGGAGCUGCAGCUUGAGGUUCUUUCGCUCGUGGAUAGCCUACGAAAAUGGCACUCGUCAUUCCGGAGAAAUUUCAACACAUUCUUCGUGUCAUGGGCACGAACAUCGAUGGUAACAGAAAAGUCAUGUUCGCCAUGACUGCCAUCAAGGGAGUGGGAAGACGUUAUGCCAAUAUCGUCCUCAAGAAGGCUGAUAUCGACCUGGACAAACGUGCUGGGGAGUGCUCUGAGGAAGAAGUGGAAAAGAUUGUCACCAUCAUGGCGAAUCCCAGACAGUACAAAAUCCCAGACUGGUUCCUCAACAGACAGAAGGAUAUUGUUGAUGGAAAAUAUUCCCAGCUGACGAGUUCAAACUUGGACUCUAAACUUCGUGAAGAUUUGGAGAGAAUGAAGAAAAUCCGUGCACACAGAGGACUCCGUCACUACUGGGGCCUUCGUGUACGUGGUCAACACACCAAAACCACUGGCAGACGUGGUCGCACUGUCGGUGUAUCCAAGAAGAAGUAAUUUCCUCUAUUAUUGUACGUCAAUAAACUUUUGAAACAUCUCAUAA